CUCAAGUCUCGUCGAAACGAAAACGAAAUGUGCCAGAUUCUUCUCGCCAUCCUUGCAAUUUUCCUUCCGCCAAUCGCUGUGCUUCUGGAUGUUGGAUGCAACUGUGACCUCCUCAUCAACAUUCUUCUCACCUGUCUCGGGAUCAUCCCAGGAAUCAUUCACGCGUGGUACAUCAUCCUUUGCAAGGAGAAGACUGUCGUUCAGAACAUAUACGUGCAGACUAAUGACCACGGAACCGCUCCACCAGCUUAUUCUCCUUAUUCGGCUUAAAUGCUCACGACAAGACACGUUCCUACUUUGCGCUCCACGACAUAAAUGUAUUUCUUUAUCCUUUGUAAACCUUUAAUUCACCCCUUGCAAUUUUGACUUAUUGUCACAGGUCCAUGAUCAAAAACUGUAUCACUUGCCGAAUUUUCUCAUUCUAAGGCCUUAAUGAGAUUGUGUUCAUUCCCUCCAUUGAAAAAAUAAAUCAUUCCUCUUUUCG